AUUAUUAUUUUUAUAAAAGCACGAUGAUGAGAAUAAUAAUAGCUGUUACUCUCACCCUUCUCCUUUGUUUGCUCACUAUUCAUCCUCCUAACUUCUGCACUGCCCACUCUGACUCUGAGGUUCGUUGCGUUGAAAGCGAGCAACACGCCCUUCUCAACUUCAAGCAAAACCUUACAGAUCCUUCUAACCGCCUUGCCUCUUGGGCUGCUGCAUCUGACGUGGAUUGCUGUCACUGGGUCGGUGUUGUCUGUGACAACCACACCGGUCAUGUCCUCCAACUCCAUCUCAGAAGCCAUUAUCCUGUGUAUGACAGGCUUGCAAUUGAUGAAGACCAAUGGGAAGCUCAAUAUGAAGCUUAUUUGAGGUCCAGAUUUGGUGGUAACAUAAAUCCUUCUCUGUUUGAUUUGAAGCAUUUGAUUUACUUGGACCUCAGUUGCAAUGAUUUUGGUGGUAUUCAAAUUCCCAAAUUCCUAGGUUUAAUGGGGAGUUUAAGAUAUCUUAAUCUCUCCCAAGCGGGAUUUGUGGGAUUGAUUCCUCAUGAACUUGGGAAUCUCUCUAAGUUGCACUAUCUCAAUCUUGGACUUAAUUAUUAUCAUUCUUUAUAUGCCAAGAACUUCCAAUGGCUCUCUGGUCUUCCUUUACUACAAUACCUUGAUUUGAGUUAUGCAAACCUUAGCAAAGCCUCUGAUUGGCUACAGGAGAUAAAGAAACUCCCUUCCUUGUUAGAGUUACGAUUGUCAUCUUGCCACCUCUCUGGUUUUGUCCCACCGAUACCAAGUAUUAACUUCUCAUCUCUCACCACCCUUGAUCUUUCAUCCAACAGUUUUGAAAAUACUUCAAUUCUGUUUUGGGUCUUUGGUCUUCAUAAUCUAGUUUCUCUUCAUCUAUCUGACAAUCAGUUUCAAGGUCCAAUCCCUGUUCAUCUCCAGAACUUGACUUCACUUAGGCACCUCGAUCUAUCUUGGAACAAUUUCAACUCUUCAAUUCCUAAUUGGCUGUACAGUCUCAGUCGUCUUGAGGUUCUCAACCUCCCCUUCAAUCAUUUGCAGGGUACAAUCUCUAGUGCCAUUGGAAACCUAACAUCUGCCAUUAGCAUAGACUUCUCAUUCAAUGAACUUGAAGGAAAGGUACCAAGAUCUUUGGGUAAUCUCUGCAACUUAAGGGAAAUUAGUUUGUCAAGCAACAAAUGGAGUCAAGAGAUAUCUGAAAUCUUUGAAAGUCUAUUAGGAUGUGCUUCAAAUGGACUAGAGAUCUUAGAUUUGUAUAAUGCUCAACUGUCUGGGAAGUUAACUACUAAACUUGGGCAAUUUAAAAAUCUGGUCAGUCUUUCUUUGGGGUAUAAUUCAAUUUCAGGUCCAAUUCCAUGGUCUAUAGGAAAUCUUUCGUCCUUGAGAUCCUUGGACCUUGAGAGUAAUCAAAUUAAUGGAACUUUCACUCAAAUUUUGGGACAACUUUCAAAAUUAGAGUCUCUGAAUAUUGGUUUAAAUAUGUUGGAGGGUGUGGUUUUAGAAGUUCAUUUUGCCAAUUCAAUGAGAUUGAAAACACUUUUUGCGUCUCAUAACCGACUGACUUUAGAAGUAAGUGACAAUUGGACCCCUCCUUUUCAACUCAACCAUUUACAUUUGGGAUCAUGGAAUUUAGGGCCGAAAUUUCCUUUGUGGCUCUGUUCACAAAGGCAACUUUUGACCUUGAACAUAUCCAACACAAGGAUUUUAGAUGCAGUUCCUCCUUCCUUUUGGAACUUGACUUCUCAGCUUACUUAUCUAAAUAUCUCUCAUAAUCAGAUCUAUGGAGAGAUUUCACAUAUCCCAAUGAUUUUGUCCUAUGAUUCAAUAAUUGAUGUGAGUUCAAAUAAAUUCACAGGUUCAUUACCUUGUAUAUCCUCUAAUGUGACCUUUCUUGAUCUUUCUAACAAUUCACUAUCCGGAUCUAUUUCUCACUUUUUGUGUUACAAGAUGAAUGAGCCCAAAAAUAUGCAGUUCCUCAAUCUUGGUAAAAAUCUUUUAUCAGGGAAAUUAAGUAAUUGUUGGAUGAUGUGGAAAAACUUAUAUGCCUUAAAUUUGGGAAAAAACAAUUUCACCGGUAGUAUUCCAACCUCCAUUGGAUCUUUGGUUCAUCUUUCGUAUUUGCACCUAGACAACAACAGAUUCUCUAGAAAAUUACCAUCCUCUUUGAAAAAUUGUGAACAAUUGGUGACCAUUGAUGUUGCUAAGAAUGAUUUUGUUGGAAGCAUACCUUCUUGGAUAGGACAUAGACUUUCAAGCUUGGUGAUUCUUCACCUUCACUCAAAUAAUUUUCACAGUUACAUCCCAGAAGAACUCUGUUCUCUAACUUCACUCCAAAUCUUGGACCUUUCACAUAAUAAGCUAUUUGGAAGCAUACCUAAAUGUGUCCACAAUUUUAGUGCCAUGGCCGCAAGUAACAAUUCAAAUUAUCCCUUUUUUUUAUUUCCCUCGUUCCCAAAAUAUUUUUCUAUGCCUAUUGAAAGUCAAUUGGUUGCGAUCAAGGGAAAAGAUCUUGAGUAUUCCACCACUCUUCAACUAGUAAAAAUUAUAGACCUUUCCAACAACAAUUUAUCAGGAGAGAUCCCUGAAGAAGUGAUGCAUCUCAAAGGAUUACAGUCAUUAAAUUUGUCAUUUAAUAUCUUGACUGGAAGGAUUCCUGAGAAUAUAGGUGAUAUGGGAUCAGUGGAGUCUAUUGAUUUCUCAAGUAACCAACUUUCUGGUCAAAUUCCUCAAAGUAUGUCAAGUUUGACAUUUUUGAGUCGGUUGAAUUUGUCAAACAACAAUUUCAUUGGGAAAAUCCCUUCAAGCACUCAGCUACAAAGUCUUGAUGCAUCCGGUUUUUUUGGAAACAAACUUUGUGGACCUCCACUUAUUGAUAACUGUACUAUAAAGGAUGUACAACCUAACACUGAAAAGAAAGAAUGCAAGGCUUUUAGUGGAGUUGAUGUGGAUUGGUUUUAUGUGAGCAUGGCACUUGGAUUUGUUGUUGGUUUUUGGGUUGUAUUGAGUCCUUUAUUGUUGAACAAACAGUGGAGAUUUUUGUACUUUCAAUUCCUGGAUCACCUAGGGUACAAGCUUAGGGGUUUAGUGGCACAAACUUGGUAGCAUUGUAAGUAAAUGUUGUAAGAUUCUUAAUAUUUAGUGCAAACAUCAUGUAAUCAUAUUAAUCAAUAGUUUGAUUAUUUCUUUA